ACGGUUCCUAGCGGGCCGUAAAUACUGUAACACAGUACAUCCUCCAUGCGUUUAGUACAGCCUGGUUUCUAGUAAAGUAACGUAAACUACAUCAUUGAUCUUUUGUAGCAGAUAAUUGAUUAACUUUAACGUUUAUGUAGUUCGUAAGACGUCACGGCACAUUGCGGGGUUUUGUACGAUAAAAGGCCAAAAACGUGGCGGCUGUUUUCGGGGAAAUUUCUAGAAAGUAGGAAUUGGGGAAAAAUUGCAAGCAAAGUGUGGUUGAAUCUGGUCUCACUGAGCUUCCAUGGAGGAUUUGGACGAGAAGCUCAGAGGUCUUUCCAUCGCCCGGCGGUCUCGUCCGGAGGAGCCCACCUACCUGCUGGACGUCGCCCUGCAGCCGGCCGGCCUGCUGGCGGUGUCCUGCUCCAACUUCACCGUCCACCUGCACAACAAGGACACUCUGAACCUGGUGGGAGAGUAUCGGGGCCACAGCGGGCCGCUGUGUGGGGUCACUUUUGCCCGCACCUCCCCUGACCUCUUGUACUCUGGGUCUGCUGACGGGACGGUCCGGGCGUGGGACGUCCGCCGGCCCGGGACGGCGGCGGUCCAGAUGUUUAAAAGCGAUCCAUCUCACAGCUUCUGUAGCUUUGACCUGAGCUGCAGCGACACGCUCCUGUGCGCUGGAACCGAGCAGGUAAACGACGAGGACAGCUUCUUGGUUUUCUGGGACGCCAGGAAGCCGGGCGGCGGUCUUCUCGGGGUGUAUUCUGAGUCUCACAGCGAUGACAUCACACAGGUACGCUUCCACCCUCGGGAUAAAGACCGCCUGGCGUCCGGCUCCACAGACGGCCUUGUCAAUGUUUUCGACCUCAGCCAGGGAGCGGAGGAGGAGGCGCUGCUGGCCACCUGUAACAGCGACUCCUCCGCCGGCUCGGUCUGCUGGUGCGGAGCCGACUUCACCCGGCUGCUGUGCCUCAGCCACGACGAGGGCCUGCACCUGUGGGAUCUGGGCCAGCUGGACACGGACGAGCCGCUGACCAUCUUCAGCUCCUCUGACGCCCGCAGCCUGACGCCGCUGGCCGACGGGUCCGGCGUGGAUUACCUGGUGGCGGGGAGGUGGCUGGAGGAAGCCCAGAAGCUGCUGGUGGUCGGCGGGAAGAAAAGCGGAGAUCUGCACCUGAUGGAGUGUGACGACGGGGGGCUCCGCCUACUGAGGAGCCUCGAGGGCGGCCAUGCCUCCACGGUGCGCUGCUUCCUGUGGGACGCGGCGGGGGAGGCCCUGGUCACCGGCGGGGAGGACGCUCAGCUGCUGCUAUGGAAACCAGGAGGGGAGGAGCUCACGGCGGGGAAAAGGGAGUCGAUGAAGAGCGAUUCGGCUUUGAGACUCAAAUCCAGGCCGCAUAAAAAACACGGUUACCAGCGGAGCAAGAAGGCAACGUAACUCUGAGUCACACUGAACUACACGUCACUGGAUACACAUUCAAACUCUAAACAGCUUCAUAAACAUAUACACAUAUAUACACAUUCUGUACAACACACAGAAACUCAUAAACUCUCAGGUUGAAGCAGCCUUGUGUCCAUAUUUCAUAUCAAUUCUAAGCAUGUUUUGUGUUUUUUGUGAUCAAGUGACAACAUAUAAACUCAAACAUGUCGGUAAAUCUGUUUGUUUUAUGAGCAAACUGCUGAUGGACACUGUUAUGGUUCAGUGAUGUGACGAAAAUCAGUGAAACUAUAUAAAUUUGUCAACUAUCAGAAACCUUCACAAAUAUUAGAUAUUUAUAUGAUUGUUUUUACAUGAAUGUGAUGUACUGUUCUGCAUUUUUGUUUUGCUCAUUGGUUCCUACUGAAGAUGUAAACCUUUAAAAAAAACACCUCACAGAUUUAUUGUUUGAUUGUAUAAAACAGGUUCUGUAGUUUUUUUAGCAAACUUUAGUCAAACUGGAGGAAAUAGUCUAUUUGUUGGGGACUAUUUUCAGCGGCGGAUGAAUCCACAUUUGAUUGUGUUCAUGGUGAUGAAGGAACAUGUCACUAGAUUUUGUACAACAACAGACGUCUAUGACACAGAGGAAUAAGAUAUAAACAGAUAAUACUUGUUAGUAGAUCAAUUCAUUGUUGUAUUUUUUCAAUUUAUAAUUUUAAUUGAACAUAUAUUUUGCCAGUAGUUAAAUUUGAUUUUAUGUCAAUUCUUGUACAUUAUUUGAAAAAACUAUACGCCAUUAACUCCCUCAUCACUGUAAACAAGUACAGUACGUAUGAAAUGGAGACACAGUUCAAGGUUUCUUUGAUGUUUUUUUUUUUUUUUUUUUACCAGUUUAUCAGUUCUGUCCAUUAUUGUGACAGUGUAAAACUGGAGGACUGUUAUUACUGCAUCACGUCCUGAAGUCACCGGAGCCUCCCGGCACAGCGGGAACACGCUGAGAGAGCAGCCAUCGCUCUCAAAUGGCAAAGAGUGGAAUAACAUGAUUGGCAGUACAAGUGUGUGUGUGUGUGUGUGUGUGUGUGUGUGUGUGUGUGUGUGUGUGUGUGUGUGUGCGAUCGAGGCUGUUGGAAAACGAUCUCAGUCACAGAGACAUUAAAGAAUCUUUAUGAUGACUGGUUGAUCUUUGUGGGGUUUUUAAUUAUUGACGAGUUUGUCGCAGGUGAAAAAUAACAGAUACUUGCACGUUAACAAUGAGACAAACCGGCUCGUGCACAUGUUUGAUUUUUAAAGCAAAAAUUGAAUAUUUUUCUACUCGUACUAGCAGACAAAAGUUAGGAUUUUUUGGAUCUAAUCAAGUGAAGAUUUACAGACGUCUCACAGCAGUUCAGUGUUUUUUAUGAUACAGUUAUUACUAAUUAGUCUCAAAUAUGCCAAAUCUGCAGCAGCAAUAAAAUAAGUUUGGAAACAUACAAGACUAUUGUUUUUUUAAACAAGACAAGUUUAUUUAUAUUGUACAAUUCAUACACUUUGCUUUACAUGUAUUUAAAAUAGUCUAAAAGAAAGUGUAACCAUGUUUUAAAGCUGAUAUUGAAAAUAUACUGAAUAAUAUUUGUGUUUUUCUAAUUUAUUGUUGCCUGUCUUUAAUGUUUCUUAAAUAUGCUGUUUGUGUGCUGUAGUUAUUUGCCAAAAUAAAU